UCUCUCUCAAUGAAAUUAAAAACCCACAGCCUGGAUACCAGAUACUGAUUCAACUCGUCGUCGUCAACUCGUUCUUCUAGGACUUCGCAUUCACUGGUUUCUCGAAUCGGAAAAUAUAUGGCUCAAGUUGAGGAGCGAUGGGAGCGGUUAGUCCGCGCAGUAUUAAGGAGGGAAAGGAUGGGGCCUGAUGCAUACGAGCAGCAUGGGACUGGUAUUGCCGGAAAUGUUCUAUCUUCACUUGAAAAUAAUAAGGAUAUUGAUGAAAUUCUUAGAGUUGCAGAUGAAAUCCAAGAUGAAGAUCCCAAUAUCUCUAGAAUCCAAUGUGAACAUGGUUAUUCGCUGGCUCAAAAUCUAGGCCCCAAUAAUGAAGGAAGUGGAGUUUUACAGUUCGAGACCGAAUUGAUGUCUGUCAUUAAGGAACAAAACUCACUUGGUUCGGACUUAUCCACUGCUGUAAGAACGGACGAAUACGAGCAACAAUGAUCUUGGUAAUUACCUUGUACAUCGUACAACAUAGGCUAAUUGGCCUGAAGAGAUGCAUAUAUUUAGGUCCUUGAACUUUAGGAACCAAAGUGAUCAAAGUGUGC